AGAGGAUGUGGAAAUCGCACUCGUAAAGUGCGAUUGCCGUCCAGUUGGCUCACACGCCACGGUAGCAUUGCAUGUCACCCCAAAUCGUUCGCACGGGACAUGAAACUAGUGACGUUGACCCCGCAAGAAGCUGCAGCUGGUGGCAAGGAGUCGCCCUUCCCGUCGAAUUUUCACCUGCCACGAUGGAGCAAGUGGUUCGGUCGACUGACGAAGAACGGCGGUUCGUUUGACGGAAGCUUCCAUCAGGCGGUUGCUCCCGGUAAAUUGAUGUUUCCUUCCAGAGGGUAGAAAGUAUGGGCUAUAAAUUCGAAAUUGCUCAGUUUUGUUUCUAGGGCAAUGCUUCACACUGCUUCCGGUGGUGGAAAUCUUCAAUCGCAACCCACGCAACACAAGGUUCAAGCUUCUGAGUGUGCGGUUUGCUUAUACGGCAGUUUACUUGAUUGCUGCGGGCGUAUAUACCGUCCUGGCAUGCCGACGGUUCAUCUUGAGAGGGCUGAACGUAAGCUCUUUUGGAGACAUGUUCUACCUGUUGUUCAACUACAUCAUAACAGUACUAUUUCUGGUGAUUGCUCUCCAGUGGCACAAGGUGUUGAAAGAAUUUGCCAACUGCGAGAGACUGAUGCUCAAGGAUGCUUAUACCAAGCUGACGGAAAGGGUUACACGCUUCAACCUUGCCUGGAGAAUCCGUUUGAUCAUUUCAGGGAUAAUGGUUCUGGCAUUUGUUGAGGAUUUCUUGAACUUCUAUUCAGCCUAUCAGGAUAAUUUUGUUCAGAUGGACUACUGCAAUCGAACUGAGAUUAGCUUCUGGGAAAACUUCUACAUCCGCGAUCAUCCUCAGGUGUUCCAGUACGUUCCGGUUAACCUUGGGUCGAUUCUGUUCGUUGAGUGGAUCAACCGAUGCUUGCGAUACACCUGGACGUAUUUGGAUUUGUUCAUUAUCGCCUUCAGCUAUGCCGCUCAGUUCAGAUACACUCAAAUCUAUCAGCGACUGGUUAGUGUAGAAGGUACCCUGUAUCCAGCAACUUUUUGGCGGGAAAUUCGGACGGACUACGUGGCCGUUUCCCAGCUGGUGGCGUUUCUGGACGAACAGUUCGGUCACCUCAUACUGUUGUCGUGCGCCAACGAUAUGUACUUCAUUGCAACGCAGCUCUUCAACGGGUUUCAACGAAGACCGGCAUUCAUGACGAUGGUAUAUUUUUGGUAUUCGCUCGCAUUGCUUAUCUUCCGCACGCUUUGCAUGUUGUACAUCGGAUCCGGUGUGCAUGUGGCUUCCAUGAGCCCGCUGAACAUUUUGCGGAAUGUGCCGUCCAAGUACUGGGGACUUGAUCUGCAACGGCUUACGGAUGAUGUGGCGUCUGGAGAGAAUACCUUGUCCGGCAAGAAGUUCUUCUACCUCAAGAGGCAGAUUAUACUGGCGAUGGCCAGCACCCUCGUGACCUACGAGCUGGUCCUAAUGGACCAGAAUGCUUUUCACCUGUCUACAAAUUGGCACCGCCAUCAAUUUUCCACUGACAACCCCUCGGUGAUGGACUCCAAUCCGAAGAUUGAUGACUUUUGGGGCGCGGUCAGGCCAAUCAUUUUCGUCGCACAGCUUUUCACAUUCUUCCCGGUGCAGGGUGUCUUCAGCCGGGAUCCUCACAAGAUUCGGUUCCAAUGGAUGCACUGGAGGACUUUGUACUCGUUGACGUUUUUGGUACUGGCAGCGUUGAUCAUAAUUGCCCAGAUCAAUCACACUGUUGUCUCCACGGCAAGCACCAGCAUGAUCACUUCGGUGCUGUACUACAUACUCAACUUUAGUGGAUCGGUUUGCUUUUUAAUAAUCGCUACAAAGUGGAGGACCAUCAUGUUAAACUGGAAAAUGUAUGAGGAAGUGUUCCUGCAUCCACCAUAUCUGAUGAAAGGCCGAAGUUUGAAGUUCAAGGUUCGGAUGGUUGGCGGAGGCAUACUCCUGUUAGCUUUUGUGGAAGAUUUACUGCACGUUCUAUCGUGUUGCCGAACGAUAGAAGUGUACAUAGAGCGUUGUGAUAACAGUACACCAUUUUGGGAAACUUUCUACACCCGAGAACACUCCAAAACAUUCGAUUAUGUUCCAUACAGCCUUCCUCUGGCAAUACUCUUAGAGUUCAUUCACAAGGUCUAUCUGUUCGUGUGGACCUUCAUGGAUGUAUUCAUAUCGCUGGUUAGUAUAGGGCUUGCGAUGCGGUUCGAACAGUUGUUCCAACGCAUUGAACACCUCAAGGGAAAACUUCUACCGGAUUCAUUCUGGGCGGAAAUCCGUUUGGAUUACACGAAAAUUUCCAAUCUAGUUAUCUACAUGGACGGGAUUUUGUCGCCCAUGAUAAUGAUCACAAGUGCGUCGAACAUCUUCUUCAUCACCUACCAACUGUAUAUGUCCGUUCAACUCGACGCUUCCACUAUGACAACCUUCUACUACCGAGUCUCUCUACUGUUUCUGAUCCUAAGAACGCUAGUGAUGCUACUCACGUCAUCGCAUGUCUACGUGGCAUCUAGGAAACCCUUGGAGAUACUUCGAGCGGUUCCGAUGAGCUCUUGGUCCACCAGUGUUCAACGCUUCACCAACGAGAUCCUGAACAUCGAAAACGCCCUGUCGGGGCAUAAGUUUUUCUUCCUGAGGCGAGGUAUCAUACUAGCGAUGGCAGGAACGAUGAUAACGUACGAGUUGGUGAUGUUGAGCGAAGUUCGACACUCGGACAACACCCAAUUUUGCGACGGAGGACACCGUUUGUACUGAGCGGGAAAAAAUGCGGUUUUACCCUAAAUGUGUAUGCAUGUGUGU